UCAAUAAUACAGAAAAGAAAAAAUUCAUUAUGAUGAAAAUGGAAACUUUUUUAUUUUAAAAUAAAAGUUAUAGUCUUAUUAGCAAUUAUAACUGUAAAAUAAUUAAUGUAAAAGUUUGAUGUUUUUUCUGCAAAAUAUUUUUUGUAUUUUAAGAAAUGUUGAUAAAACGUGAAAAUUACGGAUCUUAUAUUUUUUUUUAUAAUUGAAAGAAGACAAUUAACAUAACCACCUUCUAGAAAACAGACUGUAAAUUUUGAUUAUUUUUACCAAUAGCUGAGAAAAGUAUAAAAAAUAUGCUUCUUUUGAUGGUGUGAAUUUAUCAAAACAAGAAAGGGUUAAGACGCCAAUACUGUUAUUUAUCUCUUCUUUUAUCACAUUGUCGUAAUUGUUUUUAAUAUUCAAAACAAAAUCGUUUCUGUAGCGUACUGAGUAUCUGAAAUUACAGCGAAAACGGUGUUUAUUUUAUUAAGGAUACAUCAUUUAAAUUAUGGCACGUGACGAAACUGUUCAAUCUCUUAUUCUAAAGGCUGGACAUCAACUAGGACGUAGUAGUGGCGACAUAGAGCCCUAUAUUCGGAAAAUUGUAGAUGAAAAUUGGAUUGAUAGUUUAGAGGCAUUGAAAAGCACACCUCCUGUCAAAUUAAUCGAAAUUGGAAUACCUUUACGACUUAUUGAUGAGGUAUUUCGACAAAUUGACUUGAUCGAAAAUUCGAUACAUAAAGGGGAUGUCAAAAAACUAAAAACCGAUGACACAGAUACGUUGAUAAAUGAUAGUCAGUUAAAAGUUUCGUGUGAUAAUGAUGUUCUCGAACGAAAGCAAGAAGAAAAAAAUUUCUAUUCAAUAACAUAUGAAACACCUACACAUCUUCCAGUGCUGAAUGAAUUUGCUUCUUAUUUUGACCAAUUGAAGCAAGAAUGUUUUGGAAAUUGUGAAAAUUAUGUAAAGGCAUUGAAAACAUUUUUAAAAAUUGUUGAUAACGUAUUAAAAUUUCCGAACGACGUUACGAAACGCCGUCUGAAAACUUCAAAUAAUUCAUUUCAAUCGAGUAUAGGACGCUUUUCGAUAACUAAUAAUAUUUUACAAGGCUUAGGUUUUUGUUUAAAUUCGUCUGGUGUAUGGGAGCUUCUUACCCUCUAUUUAGUUCGAUUAACGGAUGGGUAUCAGAUAAUUGCAUCUUUCCUUUUUGACAUGAAUAUUAAAGCACCACCAGUUCCUGCAUCACAAGAAUUCAAUCCUUUUAAAUCUUCUAUAGGAACAACUGAUCAAAACAAUUCUUUGUUUAAACCAGGUCCUUUACGUGAUAUGUUUGAAACAAGGAAAAAAAAUAUUAGUUUAUCCAAAACAGACCCCUGUGAGACCGUCAAUAAUAGUGAAGUAUUAGAAAAUCCAUAUAUUUUUGAUGCUAAUAUCAUUUCAAAAAAUGUUUCAAAUAAGGGAUCUGAAUUUUUAACAGAAGAUGAUCUUUCAGAUAUAAACCCUGAUGAAUAUAUUACAGCUUCUAUAAUACAACAAAUCAAAAAUAACUCUUUAGGACGUCGUUCUUUUAAAGCACGAGCCGAUGUGGUAUCACAAAACUCAAUCUUACAAUCCUCAUCCACCCAUUGUACUUUAAAAUUUUACUUUCCAAAUCACAUGAUUUUGCAAUUGGACUUCUCUCCUAACGCGACUUUAGAGCACGUGUAUCACUCUUUUAAAAAGUAUUUAAAAAAAGAUAUUCGUAAUUCCAAUUGGUAUUUAUAUGAGUCUCCGCCUCGUUGUGUGAUUCCAUGCAAUUCUGAAACAUUAAUUGCACGACGAUUUCUUCCAUCCGCCAAAUUGUUUUUCGGCUUUAACCAGAUUCCUGUGCAUCUUCAAAGUCAAAUGACGUACUUGGCACCUGAGUACCUUGCGACUCAAAAAAAACGUUGAAAAGACAUUUAUUGAUACUAUUAAAUGAAAAAGACUAUUUUAACUGACAAGAAUAGUUUUAUAAGCGCACACGUAGGAAGUAAAAAAGCUUCUUUGUUGUUUUGAUAUACAUGACUUAUUGUAUAAGAUAACGGCGGCUUGUGAAACAACGUCAUCUAUUUGUUACAUUAUAAAAUUUUUUUUUAAUUUGUCAGCAAGCAUUUAAAUAUGAGUUUUUUUAAUCUCUAAAAAGGAAAUUCGCUAACAUAAAUUAAUCAUGUCAAAAAAAUUAAGAUAACU